CCUCGAAAUCAGCCUCAUGCUCACAUCUGGCGUCUAUCCGCGAUAUCGCUCUUUGCGCUGUCUCAUUACGCGUACGCGUCCAUUAAUGUCCCAGCCACCGAUCACCCUCCCUAUUUCCACGGUGCAGCACGACUUUGAAAGCCUUAUUACCGAUGUCAAAGAUGGCAUAGUUCCGGAGGAGACCUUCUGGGUAUCCUGCUACAAGACCGGCGAAGAGUCUGUACACGGCAAGGUGCGCCUCGCUCUGAGCGAGCAGGACCGGAAUCACGUCGAGUACGAGGGGAAAGGCGGCGUUCAUUUCUGGGGGGAUGACACGAAGCACGAAUAUACCGUUGCAUGCCCUUCACUUGGGAUUCCUUCCAGCACCAAGGCGGCUGUACCUGCUAAGACUUAUGCGGAUCCCUUACCCCAGGUUCAACAGGAUGUGUAUCGCAAGAUCUCAGCCUUCGAUAUCGCUCCUGAUGGCUCCCAAUUUGCUACAGGCUACGAUGACGGCUCUGUAUACAUCAUCUCCGCGACCUCCCCUACCGCGCCUCCAAAGCUGGCACGCAAAUCCCACCUCAGCACAGUAAACUCCG